CCCGUCGGGGAAGUUUGCACCUCUGGACUCCAUUGCUUUGGCCAUUUGCACAAAGCCAGGCCGGCGGGGGCAGGGCCCGCCCGGCUGUGGGGGACGCGGGGGACACAGAUGCCCAGGACGCCAAGCUAAUCGGCUGUGCCUUCCUCACCUACUGUGCCAGGGAUUCCGCCAUCAAAGCUCAGACUGCCCUUCACGAGCAGAAGACCUUGCCCGGGAUGGCGCGGCCAAUCCAGGUGAAGCCUGCGGACAGCGAAAGCCGCGGAGGUAGGGACCGGAAGCUGUUCGUGGGGAUGCUGAACAAGCAGCAGUCGGAGGAGGAUGUGCUGCGGCUGUUCCAGCCCUUUGGGGUCAUCGACGAGUGCACCGUGCUCCGGGGACCCGAUGGCAGCAGCAAAGGCUGUGCCUUCGUGAAGUUCUCGUCCCACACGGAGGCGCAGGCGGCCAUCCAUGCGCUGCACGGCAGCCAGACCAUGCCGGGAGCCUCCUCCAGCCUGGUGGUCAAGUUUGCCGACACGGACAAGGAGCGGACACUCCGGCGCAUGCAGCAGAUGGUGGGCCAGCUGGGCAUCCUGACGCCGUCCCUCACGCUGCCCUUCAGCCCCUACAGCGCCUACGCCCAGGCUCUCAUGCAACAGCAGACAACAGUCCUGUCCACCUCGGGCAGCUACCUGAGCCCUGGCGUGGCCUUCUCACCCUGCCACAUCCAACAGAUCGGCGCCGUCAGCCUUAAUGGGCUGCCUGCCACACCCAUCGCUCCUGCCUCUGGGCUGCACUCACCCCCGCUGCUGGGCACUGCCGCCGUGCCCGGCCUCGUGGCUCCCAUCACCAAUGGCUUUGCAGGGGUUGUGCCCUUCCCUGGCGGUCACCCUGCUUUGGAAACCGUAUAUGCCAAUGGCCUUGUGCCCUACCCAGCUCAGAGCCCCACCGUGGCCGAGACGCUCCAUCCUGCCUUCUCCGGAGUCCAGCAGUACACAGCCAUGUACCCCACUGCAGCCAUCACGCCUAUCGCGCACAGCGUCCCCCAGCCGCCGCCCCUCCUCCAGCAGCAGCAGCGAGAAGGUCCCGAAGGCUGUAACCUGUUUAUCUACCACCUCCCCCAGGAGUUUGGAGACACGGAGCUGACGCAGAUGUUCCUGCCCUUCGGCAAUAUCAUCUCCUCCAAGGUGUUUAUGGAUCGAGCUACCAACCAGAGCAAGUGUUUCGGCUUCGUGAGCUUUGACAACCCGGCCAGCGCGCAGACAGCCAUCCAGGCCAUGAACGGCUUCCAGAUCGGCAUGAAGAGGCUCAAAGUGCAGCUCAAGCGGCCCAAGGAUCCAGGACACCCCUACUGACCGCACCCACAGCCGCCCCAAAGCUGUGGGCUUGGCCCAGGUGAGGGACCUUCCCAUCCCAGGAGGGUCUCCCGCUUCCAACCGAUCCAGGACUUUUCCAUAAAUUACAACCGUGGUUUGGACACCAGCCCUCCCCUCCCUCCUCCCAACCUUGUGCCCCCCGCCCCUCCA